UCACAACACAAACAAACAUACACAUACAUAUACACACACACACACACACACUCACGUACAACACACAUACAUAUAUACACACAUAUAUAUAUAUAUACACAUAUGUACACAUGCACAAAGUUUGACUUCAGUUAACACGCGCACCAAGACACUAACAGGGAAGAAAAUCUAGUUAUAAAAAUGUCGCAGUGUGUCUUGGUUACAGGGGGAGCUGGUUACAUCGGCUCUCACACAGUUGUGGAACUCCUUAACGCUGGCUACGAGGUCGUUAUCAUUGACAACCUGGUAAAUUCCUCGUUAGAAAGCAUCAAAAGAGUCGAAGAAAUCACCAAGAAAUCCAUCCGUUGUUACAAUGUGGAUCUCCUCGACAAAAUAGGAUUGAAAUCAGUCUUCUCCAAGCACAAGUUCUUCUGUGUCAUUCACCUGGCUGCGCUGAAGGCUGUCGGAGAAUCAUGCGAACUACCUUUACUCUACUACCAGAAUAAUGUUGGCGGUGCCCUCAACUUGUUAGAGGUGAUGACAGAAUUUGAAGUGUUCAGAAUUGUGGUGUCCAGUUCGGCCACGGUCUACGGUGUCCCUCAGGAGUUACCCCUCACCGAAUCCCACCCGACAGGCAGCUGUAUCAACCCAUAUGGACAGACGAAAUACUUCAUCGAGGUCAUAUUAACCGACAUUGCAAAGGCUGACUCACGAUGGAACGCUAUAAUACUGAGAUACUUCAACCCAGUCGGAGCCCACAAGUCCGGCAGGAUUGGCGAAAACCCUAAUGGUACCCCUAACAAUUUGAUGCCCUUCAUAGCCCAGGUGGCUGUGGGUAAACAGAAGGGUGUGAAAGUCUACGGCAAUGACUAUGAUACUCCUGAUGGUACAGGUGUCCGAGACUAUAUCCAUAUUGUUGACCUAGCCAGUGGUCAUGUGUCGGCCGUAGAGAAAGUGAAAGAAGAUUGUGGACUUAAAGUCUACAAUCUUGGAACAGGCUGUGGCUAUUCAGUAUUACAAAUGAUUAAGGCUUUUAAAGAGGCCAGUGGCAAGGAGAUCCCUUACAAGAUAGUGGAACGUCGCAAAGGGGACACGGCCUCGUGUUACGCUGAUCCCGCUCUCGCUGCCAAAGAACUCAAAUGGAAAGCUGUCAGAGACUUGAAGGAAAUGUGUGCCGAUUUAUGGUUAUGGCAGUCAAUGAAUCCAGACGGGUAUGAGACUACUACGGAAAAGAAACAAUAGACCGCAGUUGUCCUGACCCGACCCGACCCGACCCGACCUCAGUAUGACCUGGAUUGAUCUCUCUGCUGACCUUACCAAACCAAAA